ACCCAGGGACCCCCAGGAAGGGGAAACCCCCAGUCAGAGCGAAGCAGCCCCCAGAGGCCCCCCCAACACAGGGGCAAGGGGGGCACCUUCCUCCCCCCUCCCCGUGUAGGGGCCCCAGACAUGCCCCCCCUGGGCCCCCGCUCAGCCCGGCUGUAGGGGGCGGAUCAGAGGUGGAAGGGGUGGGGGGGGGUAGGUGGGUGAGAGACCCCCCCUCCCUGCCCCUGAGACCCCCACCCCAGGCAGGGCAGUGGGGGGGCUCGACGCCUCCCGGGGGACACUUCUGCCUCCCCCCUGCCCGCCCGGCUGGGGCCUGAGUCCAGACAGAAGGAGCCCCGGAAGCUCAGGCCGGCCCAGGGCCCCGGUAACGGGGAGAGGUGCCGGGGGGCACGCCAGCCUCGCCACCCCUACAGAGCCGCCCGCUCUCACUGGGGUGCGGCUUGAAGCGGACCCAGGAGUCCGGGUGACCUGAGAGCGGGAGACGUGAGAUGCGGCUCAUGCCCGGAUCACCCAUGCCGUCCCGGGCACCGAUAGCAGCCUGACCACCGACCUGUCGCCCACUAGUGUGAGCUCCACCCCCUUGCACAGACACAGGGGGUUUCCUGCCCCGCCUCCCCCAGGACUGGGAUCGGGGUCCCCUCUCGUUGCACAGACACAGGGAGCUUUCACGCCCCCUAGACUGGGAUCAGGAGCCGCCCCACUGCUGGGCUGCCCCCCUGUCCCACCCCCACCAUGUCAACCUCGUCGCUGCGGCGCCAGAUGAAAAACAUCGUCCACAACUACUCGGAGGCGGAGAUCAAGGUGCGGGAGGCCACGUCCAAUGACCCCUGGGGCCCGUCCAGCUCGCUCAUGUCGGAGAUCGCUGAUCUCACCUACAACGUCGUGGCCUUCUCCGAGAUUAUGAGCAUGAUCUGGAAACGGCUCAACGACCACGGCAAGAACUGGCGCCACGUCUACAAGGCCAUGACGCUGAUGGAGUACCUCAUCAAGACGGGCUCGGAGCGCGUGGCCCAGCAGUGCAAGGAGAACAUCUACGCCAUCCAGACGCUGAAGGAUUUCCAGUACGUCGACCGCGACGGCAAGGACCAGGGCGUCAACGUGCGGGAGAAGGCCAAGCAGCUGGUGGCCCUGCUCCGGGAUGACGAGCGGCUCAAGGAGGAGCGGGCCCACGCCCUCAAGACCAAGGAGAAGCUGGCGCAGACCUCCACGGCCUCCUCAACCUCGGCCGCCAGUGCCCCGGCAGAGGCGGAGCAGGCCUGGCCGCAGAGCAGCGGCGAGGAGGAGCUGCAGCUGCAGCUGGCACUGGCCAUGAGCAAGGAAGAAGCGGAGCAGGUAAGGAGCAAGCCCCCCGUCGCCGUCGCCGAAGAGGACCUGCAGCUCCAGCUUGCUCUUAGCUUGAGCAAAGAGGAGCACGACAAGGAGGAGCGGAUCCGGCGCGGGGACGACCUGCGCCUACAGAUGGCCAUCGAGGAGAGCAAGAAGGAGGCAGUGCCGGCCAAGGGCGAGGAGUCAUCGCUGAUGGACCUGGCUGAUGUCUUCACCUCGCCGGCCCCCCCUGCUGCCGGGGACCCAUGGGGUCCCCCCGCCCCCACCGACCCAUGGGGUGCCUCUGUGCCCGCUCCCGUGGGGCCGCCUGCCCCUGACCCCUGGGGAGGGACUCCUGGGGGCGUGGCUUCCACUGGCGACCCAUGGGGAGCAUCCGCCUCUGUCACGGCCCCGGGAGACCCCUGGGGGGGGCCCCCAGCCAUCGCCAGCUCCGACCCCUGGAACCCGGAGGGGACGGGCCCAUCCCCACUCCCUGCUGGGGGCGUUGCAGUGAGUGGAGCGGCCCCCGCCAGUGAUCCGUGGUCGUCGGGCCCAGCUGCAGCCCCCCAAGGGAAACCCGCGGCCGACCCCUGGGCCCCUGCGCAGACCUUCCCCGAUCACUGGGGAGGGUCGCCUUCCAAAGCCAGCACCAACGGCACCGCAGCCAGUGGUGCCUUUGAGCCGGACGAGUUCUCGGAUUUCGACAGCCUGCGUCCGGCGCUGCCCAAGUCAGGGAGCAGCACAGGGGAGCUGGACCUGCUGGCCGGGGAGGUGCCAAUGACGCGCUCGGCCGGCGCCCGGAGCCCCAGCACCUUCGACAUGGCGGCUGUCGGGGGCUCGCUGGCCGAGGCCUCCAAACCCACCCGCAAGACCCCCGAGUCCUUCCUGGGCCCCAACGCCGCCCUGGUGGACCUGGACUCGCUGCUCAGCAAACCCCACGCGCCCCCCACCGCCAAGACCUCCAACCCCUUCCUGGCCACAGGGACAGCGCCCGGGUCCCUGUCGACACCCGGAGUAGCAGGCGCCUCGGCCACUAACCCAUUCCAGCCGGCCCAGCCCCCCUUGCUGACCCUCAACCAGCUCCGCGUCAGCCCCGUCAUGGGGCUGGGCCCCCCUGCCGUCCCCUUCGCUCCCACCAUGGGCUCAGUCACCCCCCUGGGGCCAGUCAUGCCCGUGGUUGGGGUCCCGCCCCCUGGCCUGUCCCCCAUGGCCAUGCCCCCCAUGAUGCCCUCCCAGCCUGUCGUGCCCACCAGCGCCUCUGUUCAGUCCAUGGGCAACACAAACCCCUUCCUGCUAUAAGGGGGCCGGCCCAGGGGUGGGGGGUAUGAGAGGGGAGCCCCCCGAGGGGCUGCUGGGGGAGGGGGAAGGGAGCCCAUGCCAUGGGGGGAGGUAGGUGGGGGGCCUGCUGCAUGUGGCAUCAGAUUCUCCCCUUCAUGGGCAAUACCCCCCCCCCACCCGAGAAUUCCUAAGGGGGGGCAGGGAGGCAGUGUUAAGCUCCGCCCCCUGCAUAGCUCCACCCCCACUGAGGUCACGCCUCACUGUAAACUCCGCCUCCAAGUCCUGCCCCAUCUUUCAGAAGUGGGGGUGCUCCUGCCCCUUAAGUUAUAACUAUGCCCCCCCUGCCCCCCAUUGAUCACACUAC